AUGUCCUUUCUCGAGUUCCAAACUAUGUCUGUACUAAAUUUCACAGAUAUCGGUUCAGUAGGUCACGUAUAUCCCCAAGCUACACACAAGACUCAAGCAGACACAUUUCUAGAUUCGUUGGCACAAAAACUGAAACUCGAAAAAUGGGAGAAAGACGAAGUGCCGUGUUUAAAAAGCGUUUUAAAUGUUUUGGAAAACGUCAAGAAUCAUACUUUGUGGGCGACUUGGAUUUGGAAUGCGAAUUCGAUACCGUCAGGCAAUUUGUACGGGUCAUUCAGACAUUAUGCGAGUUACGAUCAAUGUCUAAAACCACCAUGGUUGCACACCCAUCCAAAAUUGAAAACCAAAUACUGCUUCACCGAUUUCCAACUUUCUGAUGAUAAUCAUCAUGUUAAAAGAUUAGCUGAUCAUGACCCUUAUGGGUCCACCAUGGAGUUUAUUAAGUCAGUAACUCCAUCGGGAAUGCCUGUGAACCAGAUCAUGUGGGGCUUGUGUAUACCAGCGGCCUGCUCACCUCCAGCAGUCUCCAAGCUGACCAGGGUGGUGUAUGAGGCCGCCACCUUCAGCAGCAUAGCCUCUGACGUCACGGUGAAACACUGCCAGGAAGCUGGGGAGACGCUGCCAUACUCCACUGGGUUUUAUAUCUUCAUAAUAUUGUUAUUUUCGCUGAUGUCUACGGCUGUGGCUUCAACCUUAUAUCGAAUGCAUGUGUCGUCCGGAGAUGAGUCCCCGGAUAGUUUGAUGACAAUCAUAACAAAAUCAUUCUGCAUGAUUAAGAAUCAAGAAGACUUAAUAAAAGUCAACAAGGAUGAAAUUCGUGUGAUGAACGGCAUGAGAUUUAUUACUGCAGCCAUUAUUAUAUCUAUACAUGUGGUCUUCUAUAUGUCAAUAUCUGGUAUAGGUAAUUUAAUGGAUGUUGAUGCGUUUCUCGAAGGUUUUGGUGGAUAUCUUCUGCAUUUUGAUCUCUUUGUGGAUACAUUCUUCACCAUAUCUGGUCUACUUCACAUCAAGGGUCUACUGGGAAGACGGCAGAACCUGUUUAAUGUACUCUGUAAACGGUAUAUAAGGUUAAUAGGACCAUUUGCGCUAAUCGUCUUCUACUUGAUAUCAGUAUCUAAGCACUUUAGUCAAAGCCCGGUCUGGCUUGGAUUGGAGGAAACAGAUGUUUGCGAGAAAAACUGGCUGAAGAGUUUGCUCAUGAUGAAUUCGGAUGUAAGAAAUAUUUGUCAUGAUGUGACUUGGUACUUGGCCUGUGACUAUCAGUUGGCAAUCCUGGGCACUUUUCUCUUCUACCUCUAUCAGAAGAACAGGAAUUUUGGGUUCGUCUCUUACACAAUAGUUACAGUGUUAUCCAUGGUCAUUCCUGGGGUGUUGACGUACUUGUUCACAUUACCUGGUGUUCUCUUUGUGGAUUAUGGUAAAUAUGUAAUCAAAUAUCGUGAGACUUGGGAGAUCAGUUUAUUGUACACGCCGUCCUACAGUCGUGCCAGUCCGUAUCUUGUAGGUGUCGCCAUGGGCUACUUCAUGUACUUGUACAAACCUGCUGACUAUAGGAAAUCUGUUUCUAAAAACUGGUCCAUUGUUGGUAUUGCUGUGAGCUUUAUAAUGAUGGCAGCCACAAUGUCCCUCGGUUACAUCCUCAGACAACGAGGGCUAGAUCCUAUAGAUGCUGUAGUCGCCGCAGCCACUAACAGGAUCUUCUGGGCUGCAGCCAUCUGCUGUAUCAUAGGGAUGUGUGAAUAUGGAACUGUUCGACAAAUGGAAAACGUGCAGAUAGAAGUCGCGUUGACAAUGGAAUAAGAAACCAAAAUGGAAAACCUAAAUCUGAAAUAUCG